UGUCAAACAACUGUCAAAAUGUUGACAGCUUCUGUUACCAAACAAUAUUGAUAUUUGUGUCACAUUUAUGUGAGUUUUUAUUUGCAAACAUAUGUUUGACCAGCGAGUCGCUGCACAAGCGUUUUUAGAGAAUUCUAUAUAUGGCAAUAAUUUUAGCUGUCAAAAGUGUCAAAAAUAUUGUCAAACGAGUUUACACAUAACCUAGAUUCUCAAAUUCUCAUGUUAGUUCAUUCGUUACGGAAGUUUAUAGUUUAUAUCGUAUUAUAAUGGCUAAACCGAUUAGAAGCAGUGUGAGGAGCAUGUUAUUUAAGAUAAUCUGUAACUAUAAUCAAGUUCGACACGACGAAAAUGAGAGAUUACUAGAAAAGAAGCGAAUAUUGGACGAAAUCAUUCAGGCGACCGCGGGCGUAGAUGACGAAAAUGUUAGAGAAACUAUUCAAAAGCUAGCAAGCGAACUGAAGAAUGUUAUUGAUAAUAACGCAUCAGAAUCAAGUUAUUUAGAGAAAGUGUCUACUAUGACAGGUGCAAGCAUUCGUACACUACGCACAAUUAAAAAAGAGGGUUCUAUUAACCAAGGCCAAUGGAAUACGCCAGGGAAAAAACGACCCCGGCCACCAACUGUGUCUAGACAAUUUUGAUGUGUCAGCCAUCCGUAAUAAAAUUAAUGAGUUUUAUUGCGUCAAAAAGCAGGUACCUACUCUAAGAGCCUUACAUGCGGAUUUGAAAGAAUCUAUAGGAUUCUCAGGAUGUUGUGAAACACUGAGGAAAAUACUACACGAGAACGGAUUUGAGUUUAAAAAAAAUAAAGAAGAGCGCUCCAUCCUCAUGGAAAAGUUUGAAAUAUCUGGGUGGAGGCAAAGGUUUCUUAGAGCUAUACAUAAAAAACGGGAAGAAGGAAAAAAUAUUGUGUAUCUUGAUGAGACAUAUGUCCAUCAAAAUUACAGACCGAAGAAGUCAUGGCAAGGGCCUUCAACUUCCGGUUUAGUUGAAAAAAUUUCCUCGGGUAAGCGGCAUAUUAUAGUGCAUGCUGGAUCAGAGCAAGGAUUUGUGCCCAAUGCUUUGCUUGUUUUUAGCACAAAAUCCAAAGCAGCUGACUAUCAUGAUGACAUGAACAGUUCUAAUUUUUUAAAGUGGCUACG